AUGGAAGAAGGCUCCUCAAGCUUGGCACGGCGAGAGCUGCUGGUGAAGCAGCUGAUGAAGUUGAAGGGGUUGGACAAGCACCGUGUGUUCCACCACGCGGUGACAGACGAGAUAGCUCCCGGUUACAGCAAGCUUAUCCUCUCGCCCAUCUGCUUCGACGACAUGGGCAGAAAGCUGGAGGAGUCCAGCUACGACCAAGAGCCGCUGCUCUUCUUCUCCGACUUCCUCCUCCUCCUCGCCAACGCGCUCAUCUACAACGAGCCUGGCAGCAAGGUCGCGUCCUUAGCGCUGUCAGUGGGUGGGAAGGGGAUCAAGGUGCUCGCAGAUCAGGUACGAGAGUGGAACGUCAUGCUGGAGUCCCGAGCGAGUCCCGAGGGCCUCAGCCAAGAAACCGAGUCUCUGCUCCGACAGCUGGAGGAGCUCGACAAGCUCAAGGUCUUCCUCCUCCCCGUCAGCUUGCUCGAGGUUCCCUCCUACCGGGAGGUGAUCAGCCUGCCGAUGGACCUGCAGACGAUGAGGCAGCAAGCCGAGCAUGGAAGGUACCAGCGACGCGAGCUGCUGCUACUUGACUCCUUGCUCAUCGGUGUCAACUGCUGCUUGUUCAACCCGCCAGACAGCGUCUACUAUCAGACGGCGAUCGAGUUCCUUCGAGGAGCCAUCGCCUUACUCGCUCAGAGACGAGUAGCAGAGGCGGUGGGACGAGGAGGAGGCAACGGCAGACGACAGCGACGGGAGGGAAGAAGGGAAACAAGGUCAGCCCCGAGCUCGAGCGAGGAGAGCGAAGAGAGCGAAGAGGAAGAGCCGAGGAAACGAAAGCGGGCGAGGAGGUACAGUGAAGACUCGGAGGAAGAUAUGACAGUUCACAAUCGAGGCCGCCGAAGCAGCAGGAAGACGAAUGGAGAGAGAGGAGGAGGAGGAGGAGGAAGGGGGAUGAUCUUGCGACUGCGGAAUCCCUCGAGCGUCAGCUACCAUGAGGAUUCGGCAUCUGAAGGAGAGUGA